GCGUUCUUCCGUAUGCCUUGCCCUGGUCGUAUCGUCACCGAGCGUGCCGACCCUAUUGUCUCACCUGGACAAGUUGCUGGUCAUGUCCACACCAUCUCCGGAGGUAAUGGCUUCAAGUUCGAGAUGGACUAUGCCGAUACUCAGGCCUCGGACUGCUCCUCCUGUCCCAUCAAGCAGGAUCUCUCCAACUACUGGACUCCUUCUCUCUACUACCAGCACCAGAACGGAUCCUUCGAAAACGUUCAUCAGUCUGGUGAUGGUACUGGUAUCUAUGGCGGCAUGACUGUUUACUACCUUCAGCGCCCUGGGCCCAACAAUGAUGCACUCAAGGCAUUCCCUGAGGGUUUCCGUAUGCUUGCUGGUAACCCUUUCAAGCGUAACCACACCGACGACUUUGCUUCAAAGGCUGUCAGCUUCGUCUGCCUUGAUUACAGUGGUGGCUCUAGCACCACCGACGGACUUCCCACCAAGAAGUGUCCCGAUGGUCUCCGCGCCCAGAUCUUCUUUCCCUCAUGCUGGGAUGGUGUUAACCUUGAUUCAGCCGAUCACGCCUCGCACAUGUCAUAUCCUAUUGGCGGCAGCUACGAUAGCGGUAAAUGUCCUAGCACCCACCCUGUUCACUUGGUCUCUAUCUUUUACGAGGUAAACUACAACACCGGCGACUUUGAUGAUCAAUGGUACGGUAGUGGUCAGCCUUUUGUGUUUGCCAUGGGUGAUCCUACCGGCUACGGAUUCCACGGUGACUUUGUCAAUGGUUGGAACGUUCCUACUCUUCAGAAGGCUAUCGAUGAGUGUAACAAUGACAGCGGUCUCCUGUCUGACUGCCCCGUGUUCGAUCUUUUCACUACAAAGGAGAGUCAGGCCUGUAUCAUCCCUCCUCAGGUUGACGAGCAGGUUACCGGCAUGCUCGAUGCUCUUCCCGGUUGCAACCCCGUUCAGAAAGGCCCUGGUCUUGCUACCCCUCAGAGCUGCUCGACCAACAGUAGAGUGGCAACUGUCGGUGCCUACCAGCAAUACUACAAGGACGUUACCUCAUCGCUCAAGUGGCAGUACGUCGGUUGCGGCACAGACAACCUUAGCAGCCGUACCCUGAACUCCGCCUCCACCAGCAGCAACUCCAUGACUGUCGAGUCGUGUAUCUCUUACUGUGAGGGCAAGGGCUACAGCUACGCAGGUCUCGAGUACGCUUCUCAGUGCUACUGCGGUAACUCUGUCGCAUCUGACCGCCUACCCGUGGACGGCGUCCUUGGCAACUGCUUCACGCCCUGCACUGGCGACAGCACCGAGUACUGUGGUGGUGGUAGCGCUCUGUCCCUCUACCAGAGCUGUAAGGGUACCUCCAGCUGCACAAACAAUGCCUACACUGGUCCUGGCGGUUCUUCU